ACUGCGGCAACUGCCGGCGUUUUUUCUGAACAUGCUGCGGUUGUUGAUGGUCAGCAAGCACCGAUAAUACCUAUCAACUGCAAAAAUGUCUGGGUCUGGAAGAGUGCCAGACUUGUCAUGCAGGUUUUCCAAGACCCAUUAGGUCUGGUAUGUAGGAAAUAGCACGACAGAUUCUGUGAGAGUUCUAUCAUGCCUAUCCUGCAUGAGAAACUGCUUCUCGAUUAGGUCAAAAGUGGACAGCUUUUGGCAAUCAUGCAACACAGAUUUUUACAUAAUUUUAAUUCAGGUUUAGCAUGACAAGUUGCUUCGUUCCAGACCCAGACAUUUUUGCACUUGAUGAUACCGACGCUCGAACAAAUCCAAGAGGAAGAUAGACAAGUAGGACAGCAUAUCCUGUCGUGCAAAAGUAUCGUACUCGUAUUGCAGUCAUGCAUUACAAAUCCUUUUGUUAAGGUAAAUCCGCAUUACAUUCUCAUGCUGAGGAAAUUUGUAAUGCAUUUAUACGAGUACGAUACUUCUGCAGUUCAUACAGCACUUAGGCUUGGCGCCAGGGGAUGCGAACAGAUAUCCUUUCGACAAAGCCACUGAGAUAAAUUUCGACGGAAGUAGAGCCGCAGCUGCAGCUCCAACAAUUGUCCAGGCUUCAGUAUCAUCAUCAUCAGGCCCACCCAAAAUCCUAAGUUCCAACCAGUCCCCCUGCGCGCCCUUCCAGGCCAACCCGCAGCUGGUGGAUAUCGGCACGGACUGCUAUGCGGAACUCUGGCAACAGGCCGGCUGCACCCAGCCCCCACCGGAAUACACGAGUUGGCACGCGGCGCAGUCGUUAUCGGGGUUGCAGUACCAAGUGCAAAAAUGUCUGGGUCUGGAAGAAUGCAUGUUUGUCAUGCUUGUGUUGCAUGACUCUUAAAUCUGUCAUGCACGUUACCCAAGGCCAAGAGCUCCAUUUUUCUGUGAUGCAGAAACGCAGUUUGACGUCAUGCAGAAUAGGCAACACCUAGCAGCUCAGAAACUUGUCAUGCUGAGCCAGCACUUGUGGCCUCGUCAUGAGACGCCACCCAGCGUCACAAGUUUCCAGACCCAGACAUAUUUGCAGUUGAUAUGCAGGAAGACGCGCGACAGUGGGCAAGUCUAGUCACGGAGAAGCAUCGGCUAGGGUGCUAUGGGAGAGUGGAAGUGAGUACG